AUGACGGGUCGGUCACGCCGGGGGGUUAGGUUCCCGCACAACAACAAGCACGCCGACGGCCACUCGGACGGCCGCCGCGCCAGCUUCAGCGAUGUCAGCGAGGAGGGGUCGCCAGGCAAGCCCAAGUCCGCCGGGACGCUCGACAACAUCGACGAGAAACCACCUUCGGAGCAAGAGCAACGGCAGUCCGAGUACGAAAAGAAAAAGGCAAACUUCAUCACGCGCACCUUCUGGACCUUUGUCAUGAUCGGCGGCUUCUUCGCCGCCUUGUUCAUGGGUCACGUCUACAUCCUCGUCAUCAUCACGGCCGUCCAGAUCGUCUCGUUCAAAGAGGUCAUUGCCAUUGCCAACGUGCCGAGCCGCGCCCGCGACCUGCAGUCGACCAAGAGCCUGAACUGGUACUGGCUCGCCACAACCAUGUACUUUCUGUACGGCGAGAGCGUCGUCUACUACCUCAAGCAUAUUGUGCUCGUCGACAAGGUGCUCCUACCGCUGGCCACGCACCACCGCUUCAUCAGCUUCAUCCUCUACGUCUUCGGGUUCGUCUUCUUCGUCGGCUCGCUCAAGACAGGCCAUCUCAAGUUCCAGUUCUCGCAGUUUGCUUGGACGCACAUGGCCCUAUUCCUCAUCGUCGUGCAGGCCCAUUUCAUCAUGAACAAUGUGCUCGAGGGCAUGAUCUGGUUCUUCCUGCCGGCCGCCCUCGUCAUCACAAACGACAUCUUUGCCUACAUCUGCGGCAUUACCUUCGGCCGCACCCAGCUGAUCAAGUUGUCCCCGAAGAAGACGGUCGAGGGGUUCGUUGGCGCCUGGAUCAUGACGGUCCUCUUCGGCAUCCUCCUCACCAACAUCCUACUGCGCUCCAAGUACUUCAUCUGCCCCGCGACGAACCUCGGCGCCAACAUCUUCACGGGCCUGGAUUGCGACCCGAACCCCGUCUUCAUCCCCCGCACCUACUCGACCCCGGAGCUCUUCUUCCUGCCGCCCAAAUACUCCCUCAGCAUCACCAUGUCGCCCAUGCAGAUCCACACCUUCUUCUGGGCCAGCUUUGCGUCGCUGAUCGCGCCGUUUGGCGGCUUCUUCGCCUCGGGCCUGAAGCGCACCUUCAAGAUCAAGGAUUUUGGCGACUCGAUUCCCGGCCACGGCGGCAUGACGGACCGCAUGGACUGCCAGUUCAUCAUGGGGCUGUUUGCUUUCAUUUACUACCACACCUUCAUCGCGUUCAAGCGAUCCUCGGUCACCCAUGUUAUGGAACUGGCUAUCAUGGAGCUGACGACCGACGAACAGCUCGAGGUCAUCAAGGGGGUGUUGAAGUAUCUGACUAAUCAGGGUGUGGUUGGGCCCGAGACGCCGGCUUCGUUUGAGCAACUCCUCGAGGCAAGCAAACUGGUAUGA